AGAUUUUGGGGUUUGGGGUGACCACAUCGCCUUCCAUGUAUCCCAGAGCUCUGUUCCUGCGUUCCCGGUGGGAAUGAGGGCUGGGAGGGACAUCCUGCUGCAGUGGAGAGGGGAUGUCCUCGCUCAGGGGGGGACAUCGCGGUGUCCCCAACCCCUGGCUCAGCGAUGCUGCAGCCACCAAGAGCCGCCAGCCCUGAGGGUCCUGGCCCUGGGGCUACCAAUCCCCACCCCCGGCUGGUUCCUUGUGCCCCCAUCGGCUCCGAAAUGUCCAAGACGGGUUUAAAAUCCUGCCGGGAUUUACAGGAGCAGCCGCGCUCGGCCUGGAAGGGGGGGGACGGGGCUUGUUUAAUCCCUGCCAGCGCUGGAGGCCCUGCCCGGCUCCUUCAGCACGGACGGAUCCCGCGAUCGCCGCGCUCGGGGACACCGGAGGGGACUCGGGGGCAGGAGCCUCCCAGCGCCGUGUCCGCCGCACGCAGGGCGCGAUCCCGCAUCCCCCGCAGCCCCCGCGGCGCGGCCAUGGAGGAGCGGAGGAAGAAGCGGAGCCCCAAGCCCUGCCUGGCUCAGCCGCCGCCCUCCGCAGCCCCGCGGCCGCUGCCCCCGAGCAAGAGCACGUCCUUCGCGCUGCCGCUGCCCACGCUGCCCUCGCCCCGGCAGCGGCCGCGGCCCCGCCGGGCGAGCAAGGAGCGGGCGCGGGCGGGCGCGGGGGGAUCCCGGGGGGCUCCGCUCCAGCACAGCUUCCUCACGGAUGUGUCCGACGUGUGCGAGAUGGAGGGGGGGCUGCUCGGCCUCCUCAGCGACUUCCACUCGGGAAAGCUGCAGGCGUUCGGGAAGGAGUGCUCCUUCGAGCAGCUGGAGCACGUGCGGGAGAUGCAGGAGAAGCUGGCACGGCUGCACUUCGGCCUGGACGUGUGCGUGGAGGAGCUGCCCGAGGAGCAGAAGAAGGCGGCGGCCGACAGGAACCUGGACCAGCUGCUGGCACACCUGGAAGAGCUCAGCAGCUCCAUACAGAAGCUGCACCUGGCCGAGAGCUCGGACCCCGAGGACGCGGCGCCCUGACCCCGACCUUGUCCCUGUCCCUGUCCCCGCUCCGGGCCCCCCCAUCCCCGGGCCCCUCAACCAGGCCCGGC